AGCUGGAGGUGAAAGUGAAGGUUAAAGUGACGGGAAAGUGAAUGUGAAAGAAGGCGAAGGAGAUGAAGGCGGUAGGUGGAGGAGAUGGAGAUGAAGGAGGAGAAGGAGAGGAAGGAGAAGGAGAAAAGAUGAGAAGGAGGAGAAGGAGAACAGAGACUUAGACGGAGCCGCAGAGAGGUCAGGCAGAGCAAGUGUCUUUUUCACACCACUAAGCUGUUAUUUCUUUCCACAGAAAUCCACGCGUCCCCGUCUAAUACGUCUGCGAGAAGAGGCAUCGUAAUCUCAGAGUCAUGGAGUGCAAAGUGUGCCUGGAGCCGUACGACGACUCGCACAAGCGGCCGCGGGUCCUCCCCUGCGGCCACACCUUCUGCUCCCCCUGCAUCAGGGGCCUCGUGCAGGACGGCUACUUGCCGUGCCCGACCUGCCGCACGGAGCACGUCAUUCCCGGCGACUACUCCUUCUUCCCCAUCGUGUUCGAGUUCGAGGAGCUGCUCAACAGGGUGAAGCACACGGGGGGUGGGUCGGGGACGCCCUCCUCCUCCCCCUCCCCGUUAAGCUGCUCGGGGCGGCCCCGCAGGGAACGCGGCAGCGCCAUCAGCAAGAAGCUCACGAAUCUCAAGGUGGAGCAGGAGAGCUCCAUGUGCCAGUCGACCUCGGCGUGCGUGAGGAUGAGGCGGCAGCUGGCCAAGUAUAAGAGCGACCUGGUCGAGUGGGAGCGCGAGCACCGGCAGCUGGCAGACGACCUGCGCAGGAUGAUGCGGCUCAACGAGGAGAUGGAGCGCCUCCUGGGCUGGGAGCGCGAGGACGUGGAGCGCCUGCAGCAGGAGGGCGUCGACAAGACCCAGCAGCUGCGGGCGGCCAGGAGGACGCUCAUCGAGGUCCGCUCGUCGCAGGACACCUUCGACGCGCUCAACCACGGCGACUUCAUGCAGGACGAGGCCGAGGACUGGAUGCUCAAGUGCCGCCAGACCUUCCCCGACGUCGACAGCAUCCGCAAGUCCAUCAAGGUCCGCACGGCGACGUCGAAGGCGGUGAUCCAGAUGUACCGCGAGACGAAGGACUGCUCGUCCUUCCCCCUCACGCCGGCGGAGGAGCGCUACAGCGACAUCAUCUCCCUCGAGCACAUCUUCACCGACCACAACGCCGACCACGCCAGCAGCCUCACCGAUCCCGACCCUUCGGCUGAGGAGAGCGUGUCCGAAUGCCUGGCCUUGCCGCAGGAGAGCGUGUCCGAUUCCCUGGCCGACGAGGUCGUGAGCGAACCGAUUCACGUGGCUGACGAUUCCGUGUUCGAGGCCGUCCGCGUCGAGAGCAGCGAGGCCGAUCUGGUGCAGCUGACGGACGGAGAGGACGCUGACGGCGGCGAAGGCGCGCAGGAAGACACCAUUCUGCAGAAAGUCCGUCAUAUAAAGUUCACGGCGACCGUGGAUCUGACUACCGAGAGUCUGAGCCUGCUGAGGGAGCCAGUGAAGGCCAUGCUGGAAGCCGGGGAGGUGUACGUCGUGCAGGAAGGCCAGAGGAACGUGCGGUCGGCCAAGCUUUCGCUGAGGGAAGAUAUGAUCUGCCUGCACCACCUUCAGGAGAAGCAGCCGCCGGCGCUAGCAAGGACGAUUCCGUACUCCGAGGUGGAGGCCAUGCUCGACUACUCGUACGCCCUGACCUUCCUGGAGCUGGCGUGGCCCGGGUCGCCGCCGCGGAGGGUGUACAUCCGGCUGAGCCCCGACUCGGGCCGGGGGCGCCAGUUCGUGAUGCUGUGCUCGGGCGAGAGGGGCCACUCCUACGCCAACACCAACUUCCUGCGGGUGAAGAACAAGGGCCUGCGGGGCGAGUGCCUGCAGGGGGGCGACUACAACUUCAACUCGGGCUUGGGGGGCUACAACAUCAUCCCGGGCCUGGCGUGCAACGGCGAGUACAAGCGGCGCGACGUCACCGGGUCCGUGGGCGCCGUCUACACCAACGUCCAGAACGGCGCGCAGUUCUACAUCCGAACGCGCGGUCGCCCAGCCGUCAACCGAUUCACCGUGUUCGGACAGGUGGAAAAAGGCUUAGAAGUAGCCACUGCUGCCAUUGCUCUGCAGGAUGUCAAGAAAGUGACGGUGGUAGACUGUGGUGUUGUGGUUCCUCAUAUUCCGCACUAUCCUUCCGGGGAGACAUAACGAACUGGAAAGCAUCUGGAGAAUAGCUUUGUAGGCGUUUUGUAAUCUGUUGAUAUAGUUCAUUUGUUGGAAUAUAUAAUUAAGUUCUCCUCUAAGCUCAAAGUUCACAUUCCGCUGCCAGUGGGUCAUAGAGAGCUUCUGAAUCAAUUACAUAUCGCUCUUUCGCACAUUCUUGUGUGUAUUUGGACAGAACCAUAUCACUUUGUCUGUUCUUUUGUAACUGUAGACAUAAGUUUCUAUGAAGUAUGUUAAAGCUUGAAUAUAGGUUUUAAAAAGAGAAAAACAAAUAUAUUUAUAAUAUUUUCACAUAGAUACGCGUAUGCAAUCACUGUAUGGAAUAACUGCAAUAAAAUAUAUAUAUAUUGCA